UUUACGAGGAUGCGCGGUACUUCUGUCCCAUUGAAUGGGCAGUAGGAAAUUAUAGUGUUGUCCAGAAUAGUCAAACUAAUCUCUCAGGAAUUUCCUUAAAGUUUGCUAUAAAAACCAGAAAUAUUUUGAAAUGAUUGAUACCAUCGAAAAAGAAGACAAUAUUAUCAGCGAGGAGGAGGCUGCUCAAUAUGACCGUCAGAUUCGCCUCUGGGGUCUGGAUGCUCAAAAGAGACUUCGAGGAUCUCGUGUACUUCUUGUUGGACUCCGAGGUCUUGGUGCAGAAGUGGCAAAGAACCUUAUUUUGGCUGGGGUCAAAGGGCUGACUUUCCUGGACCAUGAACAGGUGACAGAGGAGUCCAGACGCACUCAGUUCUUGAUCCCUGUGGAUGCAGAUGGUCAGAACCAAGCCCAGGCCUCUCUGGAGAGAGCACAGUCCCUUAACCCAAUGGUAGAGGUGAAGGCAGACACAGAACCAGUGGAGAGCAUGCCAGAUGACUUUUUCUUCCAGUUUGAUGCGAUUUGCAUGACUCGGUGCCCCAAGGACCUGAUGGUGCGAGUGGACCAGUUGUGUGCCUCCAGGAACAUUAAGAUCUUCUGUGGAGAUGUAUUUGGCUACCAUGGAUACAUGUUCUCCAACCUCGGCCUGGAGUAUCACUAUGUAGAAGAGAAGCCCAAAAUAGUGAAAGCGUCUGAUGAGGCCAAUGAUGGUCCUGAGGCAAAGAAACCAAAGAUUGACCCCAAUGAGACCACCAUGGUGAAAAAGACUGUCAGUUUCUGCUCUCUUAAAGAGGCUCUGGAGGUUGACUGGACAAAUGAAAAAUCCAAAAGCAGUCUGAAGCGUGUUCCUACCGACUACUUCCUUCUGCAAGUACUUCUGAAGUUUCGUACAGACAAAGGUCGUGAUCCUCAGCCAGUCAGCUUCGCUGAAGACUCGCGCUUACUCUUACAGAUCCGUGAUGAUGUUCUUGAGAGAUUGGGCGUGAGCUCUGACCUGCUCCCCAACACCUUUGUGAGUUACUGUUUCUCUGAGAUGUCCCCAGUGUGUGCUGUAGUUGGAGGAGUUCUUGGGCAAGAAUUAGUCAAGGCGCUGUCACAGAGAGAUGCUCCUCACAGGAACUUCUUCUUCUUCGACGGCCUAAAGGGCAGCGGGUUGGUGGACUACUUUGGAUCCAAAUAAGUGACCCCUGGAGAACACAGAGGGAUGAGUGCACAAGAUGUGUUGGGUUGUAUGUGUGCUCUCAAAACACCAUGGAGUUUGUUUUCUGCCAGUGGCCGCAGGCAUCGAAAUCUGUCUUUGGACUGUACCUUUGUAUAGCAGUAUGCUGCACAUUGAUAGAUGCCAGGAGCAACAAGGACAUGUUGCCCAGCUUUUUGUGUUCACACACUAAUAUAGAUGCACACACAUUUUCAGCAGAGUAAAAGUUGUGAUUUCUACAUUUAGUAUAAAAAUAAAAGUAAAUGGAAAUGCAUUUGUUUUGGAUUAUAUGUGCUUCUGCUGUUAUUGAUCUCAAUAACACGUAAUAAGAUGGUGUGCUAAUAUGUCCCUGAAGGUCUCUGCUGUCCAAUUGACACUGAAUUAGAAAAAACAAAUUACAAGUUUUGUUUUUGUAAACUAGUUUAAACAAUUAAAAAUGAAUUGGGUAUGUUUUGUGUGCUCUUGAUCUAUUUAUUUCAGAAAGUCAAACCACGCAUA